AUGAAAUUCUUCCUUCUGACUGCCCUGUUGGGUCUGCUUCCGCUGGCACUGGCUGCCAAGGUACUGAAGUCCGUUAUCGUGACUUUCCCCAAUGGAACGCCUUCCGGAGUAAUCGAUCAGGCGAAAGAAUCAAUCGUGGCUUCCGGUGGCGUCAUCACUCAUGAUUAUCAUCUUAUCAACGGAUUUGCUGCGGACGCUCCAGUGAAUGCUCUCCAGACACUCUCCACACAGGAUACCCAAUACAAGCCGGAGAUUGAGGAGGAUAAGAUCGUGUCGAUCAAUGGCGACUUCGAGGGCGAGGAACUUUCUCUUUGA